UUUUGUUCCGCGGUGGCUGAGGCGCGUCGUCCUCAUGCGCGGAGCGCAGCCUGCGCGGCCGGCGCCCCGCCCCAUCUACGGAGCCCGGCGCUCGCCGGCCUCGCGGAGAGUGCUCCGGGCCGUCGUUCGCCCGAGCGCCGCCACCAACUCCGGCCGCCAGAACGCCGUGUCCUUGUGCUGUCAGUCCGGAGUCUCCGCACGUCGGCCGGCGCCGCGCAGCCGCAGGUCGAGAGCCCGGUGCAUCGCCGCAGCGCGCGGAACACCAGCCCCUCGGGCCGGCAGGCGUCCUCGGCACCUUAAGGUCCCCGCGCGCCCCUGGCCCAGCACGGUCCUCGUGUCCCGCGGCCCCGACACCCCCAGGUCCCCGGGGACCCAGCACCUCAAAGACCCCCGGGCCUCAGCUCCCCAGAGCCCCCAGGGCCCCAGCUCUCCAAAGUCGUCGCGCGUCCCGGGACCCCUCCUAGCAGGCCAGGCCCCAAGCACUCCUGUUGUGCGCGCUCCUGCACGCCGGGCGGUAAGGCCUUGCCCGCUGCGCCUGGGGCGCGCUGCCACUUGUUGAAUCACUUCUCGUGUCGACUUUGAGACCUCUUGUCGCCGUGCUGAGCCUGUGGGCCCCUGAGCCCACUGUUUCUGAGACUCAGUGAUUGUUAUUCUGUACCCAGGAAGCAGGAAGUUUGACGAGAUACGAUGGUCCCUUAAGGGAAUCCUAAGAGCAGAUACUCCCCACGGACCUGUGGAAGGUGACUUGGAAGUGUAUUCCGAAGCCAAUUUUCUGCGGAGACUGAAGGGUGUAUAUUGACUCAUGUGGAUUUGGGACUCCUACCUCAUGUGGAUUGGAUUGUUCCUGUGGUCCUGUGCCUGUUCCUUUAGGAGCCCUUCAUCUUCCUUGGAGUCAUACAUUGCCUUUUAAACUACAGAGACAUAGCCCUGAAGAAUUCAUGGAAAUGGAUCAGCAUCAUUAAGUCAGAGCUAUAAUCUUGUGUUUUAGCUCAGAUCUGAUGGCUUGAGACUGCUGAUGUCCAGUGUUCUGGAAAUCCAGUGCCCAUAGAUGUGGACCAAGGAAGAGCCCCGACCAUGGUCACUCUUAUCACAGAGAAGCUGCAGAACCAGAGUUUGGAUGACCUUACCCGAAGGGCCCGUGAGGCUGGCCCGUAUUCUGCUGAGAAACUGAACAAAAGUGGCCAUUUGUUCCCUUUGGAGAUUGGCGUGGACAAAAGUCCCUGGAAGGCCUUACAUGGAGGAUGGCCCAUUGGAAGCCAGGCGGCCUCAGGCCCCUUCCCAUUGGGCCCACUUGGUGUGUCUCACGCCGAAGGUCUCAAAUGGCAGCUGGCAUCUCCAGGGCCUAUGGAAAUGGGCAGCUUCUUGGACUUCCGUGAGAGCACAGGGCCACCAGCAGCACCACCGACCAAACGACACUGCCGGUCGCUGUCAGAACCAGAGGAGCUGGCUCGAUGCCGCUCCCCAUGGCGCCCUGGUAACUCCAGGGUUUGGACUCCCAUCUCUAAGAGGAGAUGCAACAGUGGUGGGAGUGCCACACUGCAGAGCUGCGGUGGCCCUGGGAACCCUACCCUGCAGGCAAGUCUAGGCCCAGGCCUACCCAGGAGUCCUGUAUCACCUGCUGGCCCUACCUCACCGCUGACACCCCGGCCAGCUUCAGCCAGCAGUGGCUUUGUGGAUGGCAGUGAGGGCAAUACAAGCUCAGGUCCACCUUGGCUUUCUGCAGGACCCUGUCCGUUUUCCUCCAGGCGCCGACUGUCUCUCUCACAAGAGCACCUUGUAGAUGCAAGCACUUGCCUGCCUUCAGCCAGCAGCACCCCCACAUCCACACCUGAGCUAGGUCGACACCAUGGCCUGCUCCGGUGCCGGUCACAGCCUUGUGUAUUGGAUGGGAGGAGGGUCCGGCGCAAGCGGAGACGGGAGGAGGAUGCCAGGUGGACACGCCCAUCCUUGGACUUUCUGAAAAUGACACGGACUUUAAAGAACUCCAAGAGCCUUUGCUCCCUGGACUAUGAAGAUGAUGAGGAUGACACCCAGGCGAAGACUGUUGUGUCCUCCCCAUGUACCUCACAGGGCCUUGUGGGCAUCAUCACACCUGGCUCUAGCCCAAGGAUUCCCAGGCCUGGCCCUACCAGUCCCAGUGCCUGGGCUUCGGGGGAGCCAGAGGCCAGUACAGGAGAGGGUGGGAGCAGUGGGGAACCCAGUGACUGGGACAGUGCAGAAGAGGAGGGCAUCUUCCCACUGGACCACAAUGACCUGGAUCUGGAGCAGAUUGAGAACAACUGACUUUGGGCUGAGCAGUGGUAGCUGACUGUCACCUUGGUGCCUGACCAGUGGAAAUAACUUGUGUGUUAUUUUGAAAAUUGAGGCGUAAUUUUGAUUCAGUUUUUCGUAAAGAAGUAUUUUGCAUUUUUAUGGCUUCUACAGUUUGGGAGAGCUUCUCUAUUUUGAAAUGGGUUUUCAGAGGGCAUUCUAUUAAACAUGGUUCUGCCUGGA